GCCGGAGCCGGUGGCGCCCGGGGGAGGCGGGAGGGAGAGGCCGCUGAGGAUUCGUCCAACCUGGGCCUCCGAGACCGGACGAAGAUGAAGAACCAAGACAAAGGGAGCAACGCCGCCCGGCCGCCCGCCAGCCCGGCCAAGGCCAACAGCGGCCCGGGGCCGGAGGACGCCGCCGGGCCGGAGUCGUCGGGCCGGGCCGGGCCGGCCAACUCGGCCCGGACGACAGACGGGGAUCCCAAGGGCCACGGCGGCCAAGCGCGGGCGAAGAACGGGGCUCCGCCGGCUGCCGCGGGAGAGGGCAAGGCCAAGACCCCACAGCCGGUCCCUCGAGAUGUGGCGGAGGAGCUGAGCAGGCAGCUGGAAGACAUCUUGAAUACCUACUGCGUGGACGCCAACCAGGAGGGGCCCGCUGAAGACGGGGGCCAGAGCGAGCCCCCCGAGCCCGAUGAGGUGGAGAAGGGCCGCGGCGAGCCGGUGCGGAACGGAGAGCGGGAGCCCGGGUGCCCCGAGGUCAACGGGGAGAAGGAGGGCCCCAAGCGGGAGGCCGUCAGCGUGGAAGAGGUCCGAGCCAGCGACGAGGCAGGAGACCGAGACCACAAACGGGUGCAGGAGAGGAAGAAGGCCAAAGGGCUGGGGAAGGAGAUUACGCUGCUCAUGCAGACGCUCAACACCCUGAGCACCCCGGAGGAGAAGCUGGCAGCCUUGUGCAAGAAAUACGCCGAACUGCUGGAGGAGCACAGGAACGCCCAGAAGCAGGUGAAGAUUUUGCAGAAGAAGCAGACGCAGCUGGUGCAGGAGAAGGACCACCUGCGGGGCGAGCACAACAAGGCCAUCCUUGCUCGCAGCAAGCUGGAGAGCCUGUGCCGCGAGCUCCAGCGGCACAACCGCACUCUGAAGGAGGAAGGCGUCCAGCGGGCCCGCGAGGAAGAGGAGAAGAGGAAGGAAGUGACUUCCCACUUCCAGGUGACACUAAACGACAUCCAGCUCCAAAUGGAGCAGCACAAUGAGCGGAACUCCAAACUGCGCCAGGAGAACAUGGAGCUGGCCGAGAGGCUCAAGAAGCUCAUCGAGCAGUACGAGCUGCGGGAGGAGCAUAUAGACAAGGUCUUCAAGCACAAGGAUCUGCAGCAGCAGCUGGUGGACGCCAAGCUCCAGCAGGCACAGGAGAUGCUGAAGGAGGCCGAGGAGCGGCACCAGCGAGAGAAGGACUUUCUCCUGAAAGAGGCCGUGGAAUCCCAGAGGAUGUGCGAGCUGAUGAAGCAGCAGGAGACUCACCUCAAGCAGCAGCUGGCCUUGUACACGGAGAAGUUUGAAGAGUUCCAGAACACCCUCUCCAAGAGCAGCGAGGUGUUCACCACAUUUAAACAGGAAAUGGAAAAGAUGACUAAAAAGAUCAAGAAACUGGAGAAAGAGACGACCAUGUACCGGUCCCGGUGGGAGAGCAGCAACAAGGCCCUGCUGGAGAUGGCCGAGGAGAAAACGCUGCGCGACAAGGAGCUGGAGGGCCUGCAGGGGAAGAUCCAGCGGCUGGAGAAGCUCUGCCGGGCCCUGCAGACCGAGCGCAACGACCUGAACAAGAAAGUGCAGGACCUGAGCGCCCAGGCCCCCCUCCAGGACCCGGCCGCCACCCGCCGCCAGGACCAGCCCCACGAGCCGGGCAGCGAGGAGGCAGCGGCCGACGGCCCUCGACAGCCUGGCCCGGGAGCUCCGGGCCAGGCGGGUACAGCGCCCGCCGUGCCCUCCGCGGACUAGACCCCGGAGGAGCCCGGGGACGCGGGGAGGGCGGCCGGGGGAGGUGGUCGGACCCGCGGGCCAGGUUCCGGGGCCCCGGGGCUGCCAUGAGGCAUCCGACACUUUCCAGGCAAGACGUGGGGAGGUGGUUUAUUUAUAUGUGUAUAUAUACACACACAUAUAUUGUAUAUCUAUGUAUGUAUGUACACAUAUAUAUGGCCUGUGGGUAUGUGUGGGGCCACCUGCCUUGGGCGGAGAUGCGUCAGAUGGGCCUGCUGCCCAGUGUGCGUGCGUGUGUGUGUGUCUGCGGGCCGAUGUUCCCUCUGGCUCUCCGGGGAUCCGGGCCGGUCGAAUGCUUUGUCGUUGGGGGAUCUGGACGCUUCAGGGAAGAGCUGAGCUCUGGAUCGGCUGCGUCGGAAAAGCUGGCGGGCAGGUGAUCUGCGAUCUGCUCUGUCGCGCCUCCCCCGCCCCCCCCCCCAACCCCUCCCGCCGCAGGGGGAUGAGCUGAGCUCGUCUCUUGAGUGCUCGCUGGAGGAGUCCCACCUCGGAGCUUACCCCCCCAGUGGGUGUCCUUGCCCUCUCCUCUCUCCCUCCCCCCUGCGGCGUGCCAGACACUACCUGGGGCCGGCACAGACCGGGACACUACGUGGAGACGGGCGUUCGGACUUUUUCCUCGGGGUUGUGGGGAUGGGGAGAUGGCAAGGGGUAGCCUGCCUGGGGAAGGAUCCGUGAAAGAGUCGGGCGGGGGGGAGGGGCGGGAGAGGUGGGUGGGAGGGAGGGGAUAGAGAGACCGUGGACUCUGAGGAAGAGCAAAGCAUUUGAACCUGGCUCUCCCAUCUUCCUCGGAAUCAACGAUGUGGAUCUCUAGCCUUAUCAAUCACAGUUGCCUCUCUAUCCUGCGCGCACAUACGCACGCACGCGCACACACACAUGCACAAAGGAUCAAAAAGAGAUCAUCCAAAGGUUUAUUUCUCGAAGUUUACUUUUGCACACGAGCGUGUUUGAGUCGAGAACCGGAAGAGGGAGGAAGGAGAGUGGUUACAAGAAGGUGUUCCCGGGAGCCCUCCCCCAACCGACGCCUGCCGGUCGGACACCCCCGAGUCGAAUGAUGUCGAGUGCCAGUCCUGGAGUCCAAGCCGUGCCCGGGGAAGGAGACAGCGAAUGGUGGAGGCCGGUGGUGCCCAGGACGGGGCUCCGGCAUCCCGGCCACCACCCCUCUCAUCAGCCUCUUCUUCCACCGGCACUGCCGCCUCAAGGAUCGAUCAGCCACUUGGGGAGAUGCAGAGCCAUGGACUCCGAUACUCCACCCUGCCUGAAUAGGGGAGCAGCCGCAGUCACUGACCAGAAACCCGGGCUGCUGCCUCAAAGAACCCUCCGGGCUGAGGUAAUCGACACAAUGCAAGAGGCAGCUUCUCCUGAGGUUUCACCAGGACUGAGCUAAAGAGAGGAUGGAUGCAGCUGCUUUUGACCGGCUUUCUCCGCCCCACGUCCCCGGUGGAGGUGAGGAAUGGAUGACUCGCCAGCCUUGCCCACCUUUGCUCUCCUGUGGCCCAGAGCUGGUUGCAAGCCCCUUCUACAAAGACCCUUCUGCAAGCAGUUCCACCAGAGCCCUUUUCCCAUUCCGCCCUCCUUCUGGCCCGGAGGGUCACUUCCCCAACCAGCCAAGAUACUCUGGAAGUUGGGGUGCGGCUAUCCUGCUCCCUGGAGGGGGCCUACACCACCCAAGUUCCCAAAAUCCUCUUCCACCCCCCGGGGCUCUGCCUCGUGGGACCACAGAGGCCAGAGCCACAGGUGGUGCUGGGGCAGACUGGCCCAGAGGAUUUCCCAGCACUUCGACAGGCCAGAGUCUCGGCACCCUUGUCUCCACCUGCCCUCGGUCAACUCCCCACUGUCUCGCAAAGUGAUAUUUUACCAAACGCUAAGGAGCACCAAAUCAUGUUGGAACUCAAGACUUCAGUCUGUGUGGGAGCUUCUGUCAGAAGCCUCUGUUGCCUCCCCUCGGGCCCUCUGGGGUCCUUUUUCCUCCGGGCAAGUUCUGGUCUUCCAUGGCAAGACAGACCAAGCUGGGAUUCCCAGGUCUCGUGGGAGGCCGGCCAAGAGUUCUCUUCCUGCUGGCUCUUUGCAUGCCGGGACUUGACACAGCCCCAUCGCAGUGGGGGCUGGGGACAAGGGCUCGACAACGGGGCCCUGAGUAGGCUCAGGUCUGCGCUGGGGAUGUGGCCCUUGGGUCAGCCGGGAAGAGCUGCAGGCAGGGCGGGGGUCGGCAUAGUUCUCAACUCAACUUCUGCUACCUCUUGGAGCCGCCGUAUGUGUCUGCGGGGGGUGGGCUGGGCCGCCCCCCGCCGGAGCCCCCAGACCCAGGCCACCACUUCCCCGCUGGCCCCAACCACGCAGCGACACUAGGGCUUCGGGGUGACCGCGGCCCAGGACUGACUGCCUCGAGGUCCGUAGUCAUCAGCGCCUCUGAGGCAACUGUUUCCUCCCACCUGCCCGUUGAGCGGAAGUCUUCUCUUUUUAACUCUCCUUCCGGCCCCCGACCUUGCUCCGAAUCUUCUCCAGGUACCCUGAGGCCCCCCCACGCCUUGGCCUCUGACUGAUCCCCCGAGCAUUCCCAGACCACCCUGGCGCAGAAGAGGCUGUGGGCCCUCAGGGGCUCCCGCCACUUACCGGUGCUGGCCGGGCUGGCGUCGAGGAGCUCCCCAGGAGGGAAGGCUGCAACUUCAGCGGCACCAGAGCUGGCUGCUGACCUUGAUGGGGACCAGUAAACAGUUCGGGCCCUUUUGUUCCAUCCCCGAGACUCAACCCCUAUUCGACUCUUCUUUCCACCCUUGCUUGUUUGGCCGGGGGAAAAGAGAACAUUGAACAAGGACUCUUCAAAUGAGCCCAUGGCCUGUUCCCGCAGUAUGGUGACUUACAGCGGCAGCAUUGGUGUCACAGGCCCAUCCAGAGACUGCUGACUGGUGGGGAUCCCACCUGCACCCCACCCCGCUCCCAUCUGCUUCGAAUGGGCACAGGCGAAGGCUUAGCCGAACAGGACAAAGGGUCGGCCUAACCCCGCCGUCCAGGCAGGGAUGGGCUCGCCGCACCUGGGCUGCUCUCGGCAGUCUCUGUGUCCCACCACCCCAGGCGGGCCCCGGAGCUGCCUUGUUGGCAACCCGUGGUUCGCUUCCCUUUCAUGGCGGUGGCUUUCACAACAGCUGGGCUCGGUUCGGGUGUAUUUUAAACCACAUUAAAAAGACUCUCUUGCCUUAA